UUUUCAGAGGAGAUGAUGUCUCCAUAUUUUGCCGGUUUUCUUUACAUAGCCACAGUUCUUACCGGACUAUUUGGAAAUAUAUGGGUCGUUUGCUCAGUAGCCAGAAGUCGAAAACCAAAAUCCCUUAUGUCCAGAAGCUCCCCUUCAGAUCGAUUACGUGCUUAUAUUUCAGUGUUAGCAGUGAUUGAUUUAACAGUUUUAAUGGCUCUUUUAGUUAGAGCAUUAUAUCAUUUUCUACCACAUUUUAUGCUCGAUUCAAAUAGUUGUCGAGCAAUGUUUGUACUUGAGAAUAGUGUAAAGAUUACAUCAUUAACAGUUCUUUCGUGUAUUUCAAUUGAACGAUACAUCACAAUACGAAAACCAUUCUGCAGUGAAGUUCGAAGGCAAUUCGUGAAUGCAACUCCAAUUGGAGCAAGUAUAUUCGUUGGGCUUGUCGUUGGUGCAAUAAUCGUUCAAAUCAAUUCCGUGACUGUAUCAUCUGAUGGAUUGAAUUGUGUUCGUUCAUAUCGAGGAAAAGCAAUUCCAAGAGUGGCUUCUUAUCUAACAGCAGUCGCAUUUCUAGUCGAUUUAACAAUUAUUUCGUUGAAUUAUUCACAAAUUGUCCGACAUGUUAGAAGAAAAUUUACAAAGCGAAGAGCUAGAGUCCAAGCCAACUCUCGAGUACGUGAAUCACUUGUGAAUGAGCCCCGUUAUAUGAGAGAAAUGACAGCUGCAAUUGUUCGUGUUGGAGUAUUCCACGUCGUUUGUUGGCUUCCAAUGUCUCUGAUGCAGUUUAUCCCCGAUAAUACAAUUCAAUCGGAACUCACAGCUGGAAUCAGGUUAUUCAGUAAUUUCCGUGACUAUAGUAUAACUCGUUGGCUAAUCUUUAUUGCCACAUGGCUUACAUCCAUGAAUGCAGCUGGAGAUUGGAUUUUCUACGCGGUCAUGAACAGAGACCUUCGAAAUCUUAUUAGAUUUGCCACUGAACGGCGAAAACGAUCAACAAUGUCUCAUGCAGCAUCUCCAUCAACAAAUCGAAGUCUUCGUCAACAAGUUCCACCAUCCAUGAAAGUUCUUCAUUCAAUAUCAUAUAGAAGUUCAAUUGGAGGCUCUAUGGAUGAUGCAGCUGGGGCAUCUUUUCUUCAAAGUUCACCUAAAGAAUCAACUGUAUCUCAAGAGCCGAAUAGUCCGUAUGGAGUUCGAGCGAAAAUUAGUAUUUUGACAAGAAAAGAAUCUGAUGGAGAUGGCGAUAUGGUUUAGUAGUGUAUAUAUUUCUUUAACGUUUUCUUGUUACUUAUAUUCAUACGGUUUCAGUUUUUUACGGUUAAUUUACAAACGGUUACAAUUGUAAUUUCAUUUUACAUGCAAACAAUAAAACUUGUGUUCUCAA